UUUGGCCUCAUUUGAUAGAUCCCAUGUUGAUAUAUGAAUAAUAUAUAGUAAUGAUUAGAUCUUCACAAUGAGAGAUAGUAAAGAGUAACCUUUUUUUUUACAUGUUCAUAUAUCAUUCGAUAGAGAAAUGAAAGAGCUUCAGAUUGAAGCGCAGAUCUACUGAAUACAUGGAUGAAAAAGUUUUAGUUGUUCCUUAAAGACAUACUGUAUGUGUAGACCUUCUAAGGUUAAAUAAUAUGGGUAAAUUCAGGAUGGCUCAAUCGUUUGGAGUAAGAUGUAGAAUGCAUUAAAAUGUGUAAUGUUGACGGUAAUCAACUCUUGACAGUCAAAAUGAGUCUGAAGAAAUUGGAUUACAGUAGGGAAUCAAUUUCAUCUACUAACGACCCUCGUCCAUUUCACAAUAAACUGUUGUGAAGUGUCGAGAAGCGUUUCGAAUGCUUUGGAUGACUAUCCGAAAAUUGUUCCAACAUGUCUGACACAAAUUUGAAAAAUCGUCUGAAUUUUAUCAGUAUCUGUUACAGUGUUGUCGCACUGAUACAACUACCUCCAAAUUUUCAAUAACUGGAUCACAUGAUGGCGGUGUUCCCAGUAAAUUUAUAAAGCCAUCAACAAUAACAUCAUUUCCCGUUUACAUCAAGAUUCGUAUCAAUAAUCAGCCAACGGAAGCAAUUGUUGAUACAGGAUCCGCCAUCUCCAUUAUUCAUUCAAAUUUUCUCAAAACUAUUCAUCACCAAAAAUUUUUAUACCAAACUCAUUCAUGUCAAACUGAAAAUUCAACAUCCCUUAAUAUUAUUGGUCAAAUACAAUUAGAAAUACAAAUUAAAUCUAUCAAAACUUAUGUUACUGCUCAUGUUGCUACAAAUUUAAUUACAUCAAUUCUUUUAGGUAAUGAUUGGAUUAAUUCGAAUCAUGUUCACCUUUAUGGCGACCAGAAAAAAUUAACUAUUCCUGAUCAAUAUGGUCAAUUAAUUUCAAUUCCAUACGUGGAACCCACAUCUAUUAAUUAUCCGGCAUUAUUAGUCCAACAACUUACUCUUCCACCAUAUUCACAACAAUUAGUUGAUAUUACAUGUCAAGUUACUAAUGCUAAUAAUCUUAUAUUUGAACCAUACGAACGUCAUAUAUCAAAAUUUAUUUUUAUACCACAUACACUACUAAAUAUUAAUGGAAAUCACGCCAAAGUGUUACUUAUAAAUGCACAAAAUCGACAACAAACAUUAUCAAAAAAUACACGAAUCGGAACCAUCUCCCGUGAUGCAACAUAUACAAUAUAUGCAACUACACAAAUUCCAACAAAAAAUAAUUCUAUUUUAAACGAACGUCAUCAAACAUCAACUCGACAUUACAAUAAAUUAAAAUCCAGAGCUGUCUUACGUAAAAGGGACAACUCGAAUCAAGAAAAAUUAAACAUUAUUUGUCAUCAUUGCAACGAACAUUUUUUAUCUGGAAAUGAUUUACAAAAACAUCUACGAGCAGAAUGUUAUUCCGAACAGAUUCGAAAACAAAUAUUCGAAUCGACUAAACAUAUAGAAAAUCCAAAACAUCGAUUAGAAAUUCAAGAUAUUUUAUGGCGAAAUAAAAUAUUAUUUGAUCCUACACCAUCAAUUAUUAAUAUUCCUCCGCAAUCAGCAAUUAAAACUGCUGAUCAUCCACCUAUCUAUUCAAAACAAUAUCCAGCAUCAUCUAAAGAUCAAGAAAUUAAAUUUCAAGAAACACAAAAAUUAUUAGAACGUGGUCAAAUUGAAGAAUCAACUUCAUCAUGGUCAUCACCGAUCGUUCUUGUUAAAAAAAAAGACAAAACUAUGCGAUUUUGUAUUGAUUAUCGACGAUUAAAUGCUAUUACAAUUAAAGAUACAUUUCCAUUACCUCGUAUUGAUGAAAUUUUUGAUCGAUUAUCCGAUGCAACAUAUUAUACAAAAUUCGAUUUCAAAUCUGGCUAUUUCCAGGUUCCUCUAUCUAAAGAGGACCGACCGAAAACGGCUUUCUCCACGCGAGACAAUCAUUAUCAAUUUACGGUUCUUCCUCAAGGAAUAACAAAUGGUCCAGCAACAUUUCAACGUGUUAUUAAUCAUAUAUUAGGUCCUACACGAUGGAAAUAUGCAUUAGCUUAUAUUGAUGAUGUAAUUAUAUAUUCAAAAACAUUCGAAGAACAUUUAUCACAUAUCAAUGAAAUUUGUACAAUAUUAAAAAAUGCUCGAUUUCGUCUUAAUCCAGAAAAAUGCGAAAUAGCUCGAACUCAAACAGAUUAUCUUGGACAUAAUAUUAAAAAUGGUGAAAUUCGUCCAAGUCCUCAUAACAUUAAUGGUUUACUAAAUACAAGAUUACCACAAACGGCAGAUGAAGCUUGUAAAUUUGUCAAAGCCGCUGAAUAUUAUAGAAAAUUCAUACCAAAUUUUUCUCAAAUCGCCGAACCACUUCGAAAAUUUGUUCCAACUACACGAACUCAAAAAAAGAAAGGACAAAAAACUAUUAUUACAUUAACAAGUGAAGAAAUUAAAGCCUUCGAACAACUUAAAAAAUUUCUUACAACUGAUCUGGUAUUACGACUUCCAAAUAACAGAUUCCCUUUUAAAGUACAAACGGAUGCAUCUGAUGAGGGAAUCGGUGCGGUACUAUUACAAAUUUAUCCAGAAGGUGAUAGACCGAUUGCAUAUCUUUCAAAGAAAUUUACACAAGCACAACGCAAAUGGUCUCCUAUGGAACAAGAAUGUUAUGCAUUUAUAUGUGCAUUAGAUAAAUGGCACAAUUAUUUAAGUGGAAUUACAUUUAGUUGGGAAACUGAUCACAAAGCAUUAACACAAUUAAAUAAAAAAGCACAAAUUAAUAAACGAUGUGAAAGAUGGAGAUUAAAAAUCUUAGAAUAUGAUUUUAAGGUGAAAUACAUUCCUGGUUCAAUUAAUUUAAUGACUGAUUAUUUAUCAAGAUCUCCAGUUGAAGAUGCUGAAGAAGAUCCU